GAAGCGUGCUCCUGCUGCUGGUGAACUCUGGACGCGAGACACAGUCGUGCAAAAACGCGUUGAGUUUCCACUCGAUCCGGAUCAAAACGCGAUAAAUGAAUCGCGACAGCCGUCGAUGUGCUCGUGUUUGACCACAAUACGAGCAAAGCGAUGGUUAACCGAGAGUUUGUGUGGUAAACUUCUGCUCAGCACUGACAGUAAACAGCCACACAUCACGGAGUUGAAGUGCGCCGUGUGUCAAUCACUCUCAAGCCCCGCCCAUCAUGACGGAGGUCAGCGUGGUGAAGGAAGGCUGGCUCUAUAAACGAGGUGAGUACAUCAAGACCUGGAGGCCACGCUACUUCAUCCUGAAGAGUGACGGAUCCUUCAUGGGCUACAAGGAGAAGCCGGAGCUGACGGAUCAGAGCUCGGCUCCGCUCAAUCACUUCUCUGUGGAAGAGUGUCAGCUGAUGAAGACAGAGCGUCCGCGGCCCAACACCUUCAUGAUCCGCUGCCUGCAAUGGACGAGUGUCAUCGAGAGAACCUUCCACGUGGAGAGCAGCGAGGAGAGGGACGAGUGGAUGUGUGCGAUCCAGGCCGUGGCCAAUGGGCUGCAGGCGCGAGAAGCAGACGAACCGAUGGACAUCAAGUACAGCUCUCCUGGAGACGUCUGCGGUCUGGAGGACAUGGAGGUGUCUCUGUCCAAAUCCAGCUCCAGAGUGACGAUGAAUGACUUUGAUUACCUGAAGCUGCUGGGUAAAGGCACAUUUGGGAAGGUGAUUCUGGUGCGAGAGAAAGCCUCGGGGGUGUACUACGCCAUGAAGAUCCUGAGGAAGGAAGUCAUCAUCGCUAAGAAUGAAGUGGCACAUACGGUCACAGAGAGUCGAGUGCUGCAGAACACCAGACACCCCUUCCUGACGACUCUUAAAUACGCCUUCCAGACCCCUGACCGGCUGUGUUUUGUGAUGGAGUAUGCUAACGGGGGAGAGCUGUUCUUCCAUCUGUCUCGUGAGCGUGUCUUCUCUGAGGACAGAGCACGCUUCUAUGGCGCUGAGAUCGUCUCGGCUCUGGACUAUCUGCACUCACAGAACGUCGUCUACAGGGACCUGAAGCUGGAGAACCUCAUGCUGGAUAAAGACGGUCAUAUGAAGAUCACAGACUUUGGUCUCUGUAAGGAGGGAAUCACUGACGAGGCCACCAUGAGAACGUUCUGUGGAACCCCAGAAUACCUUGCGCCGGAGGUGCUGGAGGACAAUGAUUACGGCCGCGCUGUGGACUGGUGGGGUCUGGGGGUGGUGAUGUACGAGAUGAUGUGCGGACGCCUGCCCUUCUACAAUCAGGACCACGAGCGGCUCUUCGAGCUCAUCGUGAUGGAGGAGAUCCGUUUCCCCAAGAACCUCUCGCCUGAAGCCAAAGCGCUUCUGACCGGCCUGCUGAGGAAAGACCCCAAACAGAGGCUCGGAGGCGGACCUGAUGACGCCAGAGAAGUGAUGGGGCACAAGUUCUUCUCCGGUGUUCACUGGGAGGACGUGCUGCAGAAGAAGCUGGUGCCACCGUUUAAACCGCAGGUGACGUCAGAGACGGACACACGCUACUUCGACGAUGAGUUCACUGCGCAGAGCAUCACUGUUACGCCGCCAAACAAGCUGAGUCGUCAGGAUGUGGAGGACGCUGGGCCGGUCGCUCACUUCCCUCAGUUCUCUUACUCCGCCAGCAUACGAGAGUGACCGCUCGUCCCUGCUGACGGCCGUCCCAUAAUGCAUCAUGAUGGACUCUGAGCCACUCAUGUGGUGUGUCUCAGGGUACAGAUGGAUCUCUCUUACUCGAUGAAUGUAUUAAUUAGUGGUGCUCAGAAUGUAAAGCCAAACACACUGCUGUCAUUACGAUCUCAUACUCAUACGUCUAGAUGUUGAACAGCGUGUGUUUCACAGAAAAACACUAGUGUCAUGAUUAGAAUCACAAACAUUAAAGACUUUCAUCCUGUUCUUUAGACUGA